UCCUCCUUAAAUAUCAGCCCACAGUCUCACACCAUCAACACAAAGUUUUUUCCGCUUCUCAUUUUCAUAGAUUUCAUCGCCCUGCAAAAUUCAAAUCUCCUACUCAAAUCUCCAUCAAUGGCCAAAGAUCCAGUUCGUGUUCUUGUUACUGGUGCCGCAGGACAAAUCGGAUAUGCUCUUGUUCCCAUGAUUGCAAGAGGAAUCAUGUUGGGUGCAGAUCAACCCGUGAUCUUGCACAUGCUCGAUAUCCCACCAGCAGCAGAGGCUUUAAAUGGAGUUAAAAUGGAGUUGGUGGAUGCUGCAUUUCCCCUUCUUAAAGGAGUUGUUGCCACUACUGAUGCUGUUGAGGCAUGCACUGGUGUGAAUGUAGCAGUUAUGGUUGGUGGAUUUCCUAGGAAAGAAGGAAUGGAAAGAAAAGAUGUCAUGUCUAAGAAUGUCUCAAUCUACAAGUCACAAGCUUCUGCUCUUGAGAAGCAUGCUGCAGCAAACUGCAAGGUUUUGGUUGUUGCUAAUCCAGCAAACACCAAUGCAUUGAUCUUGAAGGAAUUUGCUCCAUCAAUCCCUGAGAAAAACAUUACUUGUUUAACAAGGCUAGACCACAACAGGGCUCUUGGACAAAUCUCAGAGAAACUUGGUGUCCAAGUAUCCGAGGUCAAAAAUGUAAUUAUUUGGGGUAACCAUUCCUCCACUCAGUACCCUGAUGUCACUCAUGCCACUGUUGGUGACAAGUCUGUUCCAGAGCUCAUUAAGGAUGAUGAAUGGUUGAAAUCUGGAUUCAUUAGCACUGUGCAACAACGUGGGGCUGCAAUCAUCAAGGCUAGGAAGCUCUCAAGUGCACUCUCUGCUGCAAGUUCUGCUUGUGACCACAUUCGUGAUUGGGUCUGUGGAACUCCUGAGGGAACUUGGGUUUCAAUGGGUGUGUACUCUGAUGGCUCAUACAAUGUUCCAGCUGGACUUAUUUACUCCUUCCCAGUUACUUGCCGUAACGGUGAAUGGACCAUAGUUCAAGGUCUUUCGAUUGAUGAGUUCUCAAGGAAGAAGCUAGACUUGACAGCUGAAGAGUUGACAGAGGAGAAGGCUCUUGCAUACUCUUGUCUUUCAUAGAUAAUCACUUAAAGAUAUCUCUGGUCUAUAGUCAUGUGCUAUAAAUGCUCAUACUAUUUGUGAGAAUUUUCCAAACAGCUACAAUUCCAUCUUCCAAAAUAAACACCAUUUAAUGGUGAGCUGUUUGUGAUGUAGUAGAUCUUCCAGCUCUGUUGUAGCAGAGAGUAGUUUGAGUUUUUGAACACUUAUUGUGAUAGGCAGAGUUGCCGUUUUCAUCAUUGUCAAAUGAGAUUCUUGUGUUUGCAUCGUUUUCUA